AUGCCUUCAGAUCCAUUUCAUACAGCAGAAAAUAUUCGCUUUCCUACAAACGAAUCGGGAUAUAGUUCCAUACCUGUUCGCUCGUCGAUAGAAAUAGCUGACAGGCCUGAAAGUAAUGAAAGUAAUCCAUUACUUAAAGACGACGACGAUAAAUUUGAUAUCACAAAAGAAGAGCUCAAUCGACCAUGGAAGUAUAAAAUAUUUGCAUUAGUGUGCGCCUUAUCUUUGUCUGUCGGUAGAAUAAUUUAUGGCAUAGGAAGUGGAACUAUUGUCAUAGUUCAAACGACUAUUCUUAGCCAUUGGUUUAAAGGAAAAGGAUUGUCGAUUGCAGUUGGAAUACAAAUUGCUACUUCAAGGCUGUCUUCAUUUUUGGGAAAUUUGACUGUUGUUCCAAUCAAAGACGCUACUGGAUUUUAUGGUUGGUCAUUUUGGAUAAUUAAUGAAAGCCUUUCAGAGCAAGAGAUCUUAAAACUUAAACAAAAAAAAGCAUUCAAUCCUAGAAAAUUAUUAGAUCUAGCAACAAUUUAUUGGAUUGUUGCGUUACUUGAAUUUAUAUUUGGUGGUGUUUGGACGCCAUUUUUACAUAUGAACGCAGAACUGUUAAAAACUCGAUGGGGUUAUUCGGAAAAAGAAGCUGGUACUAUUUCAAGUAUUGCACAAUUGUUUCCAAUAUUUAUAGCCCCCUUUCUUGGCUAUUUAUUGGACAAAUUCGGUAGACGUUCCACUACAUUGAUAUGUUCGGCGGUUUUCCUAACUGCUUCAAUGUAUCUUCUUGAGUUUGCUCUUAACGUCUCACCAAUUAUAGGAAUGGUGUUAUUUUCAAUAUCUUUGUCAUUUGGACCGGUACCUUUACUUUCGUCCAUUCCAAUUAUACUAUCAUUAGAUUAUGUUGGCACAGGAUUAGGAAUUGCAAAAUCAUGCUCAAAUGUUGGCUCAACUUUAUUUGACAUUAUCAUUGGUAUAUUACAAGAUUUAGAUGGUGGUAAAUACGGAUUGGUGAUGCAAUUAUAUUUGGUUAAUGGUUUUAUUUCUGUUCUUGUUGCUAUUUUGUUGUUAAUGGUUGCAAGAAAAUGGCACGAUGGAAUAUUGGACAUGAAAGAAGACGAAAGAAGGGAGUAUUAUGAGGAGGUACGAAUAAAGCGUGAUGAGGGCGAACAAGGACAGGAAAGACUGAGCUAUGAGAGUCAAGAAGCACAUGUAGGAUUUAGGCGUCCAUUAAAACAAAAUUGGGUUUACAUAUCAAUUUUCG